AUGGAAUGGAGGGGUUUGGAGUUGGUUGAUGAAGUUUUGGUAGAUUCAUAUUCACCUUCAGAAUCUCAUGGAUUUCUAUUUUUGAAACCCAAAGACAUUGCAUAUGCAUGGGUCAAGUUUCAGAUUGGCAAGCGCAUGGAAUUGCAUACGAUGAUAUUGGAUUUUUGCCUCAGUUUAGGUGCACAUUGA